CCCACCCAGUGCUGUUUUCUGAAGAGGAUACUGUGGAAGCAGUAGAGACUGUGAACACUGGAGAAAUGGAAUUGGGUGCUGUUGGAAGAGAGGUGAAUCCACCCCUAGACCACUUUACUAUUGUGGUAAACAGUCAAGAGGAAGACACUGAACCAGUGGUGAGAACUAAGACGGUGAAGGUUAGUACCCCUCAUGGCAAAGGAGGAAGUGUGGGGUCGGAGCAAGAUUUUUUUGAUGAAAUGAGACAGUUUAUGCAGCAGCAACAGAGAAAAGAGAAAAUCCUUUUUGAAGAAUUGCAUUACUUGAAGGCUUCUAUUCUUCCAAAGCCCAGAAGUGAAUGGGAAUUGGAGGACCAGGCAAGUCAGCAUACCCACCACCCUUUACCCCCACCAGGAACUUUUUUGCAACCAUCUUCUACACCUCCUGCACUAUUUUCAUACCCCGCCCAAACCAACCCUUCAGUCCAUCCUGUUGGAGGUAUGCAUGUAAACAAUCAGGUGCAGAAUCUCUCAUUUCGCCGAUAUCACGAACCACGAAUUCCUGAAUUUGUGGAGGGAGAAGAUGUGGAGAGUUUUUUUGUUCGCUUUGAGAGGAUUUCAAGAACGUGGGGCUGGCCAGUGGACGAGUGGGCUGCUCGAGUUGUUACCUUACUGACGGGAAAGGCCUUGGAGGCGUAUGCUGGGAUGGAUGAGCUAGGAGCCUGCAAUUACGAGGACAUCAAGGCAGCUGUUCUGACCAAGUAUAACGUGACAGAGGAGACCUAUCGACUGCGGUUUAGAAGUCUCAUGGUACCAUCUGGAGAGACCGUGAGAGAGACCUAUAAUCGUAUUAAAAGCUUAUAUGGGAGAUGGAUGCGACCAACAAUGAAGACCAAAGACCAGAUGGGGGAGACCAUCAUUCUUGAGCAAUAUCUUCGAAUGCUUCGCCCAGAUGUAAGGAUUUGGGUCAAAGAAAAUCAACCUCAGACUGGUGAAGAGGCGGCUAGGUUGGCUGAGAGAUAUGUGGCUGCUCAUCAGGAACCACCCAGGACGAGUAAAGGUACUGUGAGUAGGGGUAAAUUGGAGGAACCUAGUAAUGGCAAUGUCGGGUUAAUGGGAAGGAAACCUGUUACUACUGUUGGACCUCUAAUCUGUUUCUAUUGCCAACAACCAGGACAUAAGGCAUCUGUCUGUCCCUUGAGAAAACCUAAGGUAAACCACAUGUGUUAUGUACCCCUGGGAAGAAAUUUCAUGUGAAUUGUCAACUCACCCUGAAAAACAUAGACAUGUUGUAACUGUAACAGUAAAUGGCCAGGUGGCUCAGGCUCUCGUAGACACAGGAAGUACCCAAACGCUGGUGAAGUCUAACUUCCUAAAUGGGGAAAUAAUCAAUUAUGGAGAAAUGCUUAGUUUGGGGUGUGUUCAUGGCGAAGAAAAGAUUUACCCAACUGCUGAUGUGAAUAUAAUUGUGGAUGGUCAGGCGUACUUACUGAGGGUGGGUGUAGUUGAUAAGCUAGCCUAUGAUGUGGUGCUAGGUGAGGAUUUUCCACUUUUAAAUGAACUUGUCCAUGUAAUUCACAGAGACUCUGCAGUGGUAACUAGAUCACAGACUAAAGGCCUGCAACCUCUCCCUAAUGUCCAUGCAGAUCUGUUUGAACCUGGUGGGAAGGUUAGGAAAACCAAAAAAGAGCGAAAGCGAGAAAAACAUAGGGGUAAAGAAAAAGCACAGGAUAUCCUACCAAAUUUCCCUGGCCCUGCGUCAGAUUUAGUUGAAACUCAGUGGCAAGUCCCUGACAAUUUUCGAGAAUUGCAGAAAUCUGAUCUUACUUUACAGCCUCUGUUUCAAAAAGUUUGUGAAAUUGAUGGGAAAAGUGUGGGUGUACCAAAACUAGUUGGGGAUAAGUACAUGAUUAAAGACAAUCUUCUGUAUUUAGUAGAUACUGGAAAUCCCAGAUUGGUUGUACCUGGUAAACUCCGUCAAAUGAUCUUGCAUUUAGGUCAUACUAUCCCAUGGUCAGGACACUUAGGUCAGCAGAAAACGUAUGACCGAAUUAGUCAACGCUUUUAUUGGCCGAAGUUGUAUCAGGAUGUACAAGAAUAUUGUAGGACCUGUUCUCAAUGCCAGAUGGUAGCUCCAGUUCACAAAGUCGACAGAAGUUACCUUAAACCUCUACCGAUUAUUGGUACCCCAUUUGAUCGCAUAGGAAUGGACAUAAUAGGACCUUUAGUGAAGAGUAGCUCAGGUAAUCAGUUUGCGUUGGUAAUCUGUGAUUACGCAACUAGAUACCCUGAAGUGUAC